UUCCCGCCGCUCCAUUCGGCUACUUCUGCACUCACAUGGCAGAUUCAUUCGAUCCUUUCGUUACGCCACAACUACUUCUUGUUGAUUUUGUUUUGUUACCUGAUUUCAGUUUUUACCGUUUUAUACUCUAACCUCUAACUUCCUUUUCAUUUCUAAUAAAUUGCCAUUUCUCCGCAUUAUUCAUAUCUGUGUUUUCGAUUUUGAAAUGUUGUAUUGGCUUGUGUUCUGCUGUGGCUGUGGCUGUGGCUGUGGCUGUGACUGUGAGCCAGAUAUAGUACAACAGUGGUGGAGGUCAACGGAGGUAAACGACAACAAUGAGUUCAUCGCGCCAUGGAUUGUUGCCGCCGCGGGAUGUGGGUGCCGGUCAUUCGAAAACAGAUGCUGCCACUGAUGAGGAAGAUGACUCACUUUCUGAUCCUUUCGAUAUUUCCCAGACUAAACAUGUGUCUCUCAAGUCUCUCAAGAGAUGGAGACAAGCGGCACUCGUGUUAAAUGCUUCUCGUCGAUUUCGUUACACAUUGGACUUGCAGAAGGAGGAAGAGAAGCAGAAAAGAAGGCAGAUGAUUAGAUCCCAUGCCCAAGUUAUAAGGGCAGCAUUGCUUUUCAAAUUGGCAGCGGAACAGGAUAUUGGUAUUAUUGCUUCACCACCAAGAUGUAAUGGCGAUUAUGGAAUUGGACGUGAACAACUUGCUUCAAUGACUAGAGAUCAUAAUUUUUCAGCUUUAGAACAAUACGGUGGGGUUAAAGGGUUAACAAAUUUGUUAAAAACAAACAUAGUGUCUGGACUCAAUGGUGAUGAUAUUGAUUUGUUAAAGCGAAGGAAUUUGUAUGGAUCAAAUACAUAUCCCUUGAAGAAAGGACGAAAUUUCUUGAAUUUUCUUUGGGAGGCUUGGCAAGAUUUAACCCUUAUUAUCCUGAUUGUAGCUGCCGCAGCUUCAUUAGCAUUGGGAAUUAAGACAGAGGGUGUGGAUGACGGAUGGUAUGAUGGGGCUAGCAUUGCCUUUGCUGUUAUUCUUGUUAUAAUUGUUACAGCUACUAGUGAUUAUCGUCAAUCCCUUCAGUUUCAAAAUCUAAACAAGGAGAAGAGGAACAUACAAAUAGAGGUCAUGAGGGGUGGUAGAGCAGUGAAGAUUUCAAUAUUUGAUGUCGUUGUUGGUGAUAUUUUACCUCUUAAAAUAGGUGAUCAGGUCCCAGCUGAUGGAGUCUUGGUUACUGGUCAUUCUCUUGCCAUCGAUGAAUCUAGCAUGACUGGUGAAAGCAAGAUAGUACGCAAGGAUCAGAAAUCUCCCUUUCUGAUGUCUGGCUGCAAAGUAGCAGAUGGUGUUGGUACAAUGCUGGUAACAGGUGUUGGAAUUAAUACUGAAUGGGGACUGUUGAUGGCUAGUAUCUCAGAGGAUACUGGUGAAGAGACUCCCUUGCAGGUACGCUUGAAUGGUGUUGCAACCUUAAUUGGUAUAGUUGGGCUCACUGUAGCUGGCUUGGUACUUGCUGUCCUUUUGGGCAGAUUCUUUACUGGACAUACCACAAAGUCAGAUGGAAGCCCUGAAUUUAUGAAAGGUCAAACUAGUGUUGGUGAUGCUGUGGAUGGAGUCAUAAAAAUUAUUACCAUUGCAGUUACAAUUGUAGUCGUUGCGGUGCCUGAAGGGCUUCCUUUGGCUGUUACAUUAACCCUAGCAUACUCAAUGCGGAAAAUGAUGGCUGAUAAAGCCUUGGUGCGUAGACUCUCAGCUUGUGAAACUAUGGGUUCUGCAACAACAAUAUGCAGUGAUAAGACUGGGACAUUGACCACGAAUCAGAUGACAGUGGUUGAGGCUUAUGCUGGGAGAAAAAAAAUAGAUCCACCAGAUGAUACCUCACAAAUUCACCCAGCGGUUGUUUCUCUGUUAAGCGAAGGUGCCGCACAUAACACUACAGGCAAUGUCUUUGUGCCAAAGGAUGGUGGAGAUGUAGAGGUUACGGGGUCUCCCACGGAAAGGGCUAUUCUUUCUUGGGCAGUCAAGUUGGGGAUGAAGUUUGAUAUUGCUAGAUCAGAUGCCACAGUACUCCAUGUUUUCCCUUUCAACUCACAGAAAAAGAGAGGUGGUGUUGCAUUAAAGCGGAUGGACUCUCAAGUUCAUAUACAUUGGAAAGGAGCUGCUGAAAUAGUUCUAGCCUCAUGUACAUCAUAUCUUGACUCAAAUGGGCAUCUGCAAUUAAUUGAAGAUGACGAGGAUUUUUUCAAAUUAGCCAUUGACGAAAUGGCAGCGAGAAGCUUGCGGUGCGUUGCAAUUGCAUACAAAUCAUAUGAAAUUGAAAACGUUCCGUCUAAUGAGGAGAGCUUAGACCAGUGGGUUUUACCAGAAAAUGAUCUUGUUUUGCUUGCCAUUGUUGGUAUUAAGGACCCUUGCCGCCCAGGUGUCAAUGAAGCAGUGAGAGUAUGCCAAGAAGCUGGGGUAAAGGUACGCAUGGUCACAGGAGACAAUCUUCAAACUGCAAAAGCAAUAGCUCUUGAGUGUGGAAUACUUGGUUCUGAAUCAGAUGUUACUGGGCAUACUAUCAUUGAAGGAAAAGUUUUCCGUGAAUUUUCAGAGAAAGAUAGGGAACAAGUUGCCAAGGAAAUAAAAGUAAUGGGAAGGUCUUCUCCGAAUGACAAGCUUUUGCUUGUUAAAGCACUGCAAAAGGGAGGGGAUGUUGUUGCUGUCACUGGUGAUGGCACUAAUGAUGCUCCUGCACUUCAUGAGGCAGAUAUUGGACUUGCUAUGGGCAUUCAAGGAACUGAAGUUGCGAAAGAAAGUUCGGAUAUAAUUAUCUUGGAUGACAACUUUGGUUCAGUUGUGAAGGUUGUUCGAUGGGGGCGUUCUGUGUUUGCAAAUAUUCAGAAAUUUAUUCAAUUUCAGCUUACUGUUAAUGUUGCAGCUCUCAUCAUCAAUGUUGUUGCAGCAGUAUCUUCUGGUAGUGUCCCUUUAAAUGCAGUACAGUUAUUAUGGGUUAACCUUAUUAUGGAUACACUUGGAGCUCUUGCAUUGGCUACUGAACCACCAACAGACCAUCUUAUGCAAAGAUUGCCAGUUGGCCGAAGGGAACCUCUUAUAACAAACAUCAUGUGGAGGAAUUUAUUUAUACAGGCCUUUUAUCAAGUUACUGUGCUCCUUGUGCUCAACUUCCGGGGCACCAGUAUUCUCCAUUUAAAGAGUUACACCAGGGAAGGUGCUAAUGAUGUGAAGAAUACUAUGAUAUUCAACACGUUUGUCUUCUGUCAAAUAUUCAACGAGUUCAAUGCUCGGAAGCCUGAUGAAAUCAAUGUCUUCAGCGGUGUGACUAAAAACUACCUCUUCAUGGGAAUAAUUGCAAUAACCUGCAUACUUCAAAUAAUUAUCAUUGAGUUCCUCGGAAAGUUCACCUCAACUGUGAGUCUUAGCUGGAAGCUGUGGCUUGCGUCUAUUGCUAUUGCCAUAUUCAGCUGGCCGCUUGCGAUCAUCGGAAAAAAGAUUCCAGUGACCAAAACACCUCUUUCCUGGUACUUGAUGGGGCCAAUUCAGCUAUUGCGAAGUCGUUUGAGGCGGCCAGGACGCUGCUCGUGACAGACAUCCUGUCAUAAUAGUAGCACCUUCAGUUGAAGAGCAAAGGAUAAAUAAUUCAAGCGUGAUAAAACUUUGAUCCCAAUAUCCUAAACUGAGGCAAUGCUGGGUAAUGAUGGCGAUGAAGUUGCUCUACGGCAUGAUUUCAAUCAUCUUGAAGCUGCAUGGAAUAAGCGCCGAUAAGUAGGCGUUUCUGGAAAAUAUAUAUACUCACCACUACGAAAUGUAAUGUUGAUAUGCAUGAAUAAGAUGCUGUCCUUUUUUAAUUUUUUUUUCCAUGUUUGUUUGUGGAUGGACAUCUUUGUGUGAACAACAUAGUAAGCGUUGGAGCAUUGGAUUGAUAAGUGAUUUUAUUGAUAA